AUGUCGAAGCAACAAAAGCCGGUUGGAGUCGACGCGAAAAAGAUGUCCUCCGAACUUUUUGCCCUUACGUAUGGAUCGUUAGUCGCGGAAAUGCUCAAAGAUUAUGAAGAUCCAAGACAAGUGAAUCUUCAAUUAGAUAAGGUUGGCUUCAACAUGGGUAUACGACUUGCGGACGAUUUUCUCUCAAAACAAGCGGGUGUUCCGAAAUGUACGGAUUGUCGACAAAUGGCAGAGACCCUUAGCAAAAAUGUAAUUCCUGCCUACCUCGGAGUUUCCGCUACCGUCAAUAAUUGGGAAUCAGGAGAUCGUGAAUUUUCAUUGCAGAUUGAGAAUAAUCCGUUGACAGAAUUUGUUGAAGUUCCGCAAGAUUUAACAUCGUUACAUUAUUCACAAAUGAUUGCAGGAGCCAUACGCGGUGGUCUUGAGGCUGUGCAUAUUAAGGUGACCACAACAGCCAUUGAAACCCCAACAAACACAGUCAUCAAAGUCAAGUUCAUCGAAGUUCUAAAGGAUAAUUUACCAGCCGGAGAAGAU